AUGAUAAAUGAUAAAAUCAAAAAUCUGAUAAUAAAUACAGCAGAAGAACAUAAGCAUUCACUUGGUAGUGAUUUUAGGCUAGUCUUAAAGGAAAUAAAUCAGUUAGAUAAUAUUUCUGUGAAUAGCCGCCUUGAAAAUAACAAAGUUGAAUUUUUUUUUUCACUGAAUAAGGGUAAAGAAAAAUAUAAAGUUUCUAUUUUUGUAAAUAAAGAAGUUUUAAAAAACAAUAAAUCUUGCAUUAAUGAUGAACACACUAAGAAAAUGGUUAAAAUAUCUGUAUUAGCUUUUUGGGAAAUUACGAAUAAAAGGAAGAAAGAACUUUUUGAAUAUUAUACAGAACUUCUAGAAGGGGAAAACACUCCACUAUUUAAGUAUAGCGAAUUUCACGAUGUAAUUUCUUCUAACUGUGAAGAUUUAAGGGAUAAGUUAAUUCCCUCUUGUGACAUAAUAUCGUUUUUUGAUAUCUUCUUACUUUCACUAUUUAGAUUCACUAUACCUCAACUCACUAAACAACUGGACUGGGAUGAAGACAUUCCUCUUAGAAAUUCGCUCAUAGAACAUGUAGCAUCUGAGGAGUGCUUUAAGAGUUUGGAUGAAACCAGUACAGAUAGUGAGUCUGAGGAAGGCGUUGCAAAAAGAAAGGUAACUAGAAGAUACUAA